AUGACGGCGAUGUCUGCCAAUCCCACAGCUGCAAGCAAGAUUCGAACUGCCUUCUUGAGGACUCUCACCGGCGAGCGUGACCGACAGCGGGAAAACGGCUCUUCCAUGCCUGCGACCACCGACGAUGGCGGCCUGAAUGGCCGGGCCGCCGCUCCUGACGAGCGGACGAGCUUGCUGAACAGAUGGGGAUCUACAGACUCGGGGACGCCAUACCACAAACAUGAAAACAAGGCCAUCCGGUAUCCUUUCCUUGUGCUGCAUUUGACAUGGGAGGUGCUUAAAACAAACUACGUGAAUGUGCUCUUGGUUUUCGUGCCCUUGGGCAUCAUAGCGGGAUUGACCGACUGGUCGCCUGUCUCGCAGUUCGUGCUGAACUUCAUCGCCAUCAUACCCUUGGCCAGUCUGCUUGCUUUUGCGACCGAGGAGCUUGCUAUCCCGUUGGGCCAGACAAUCGGUGGAUUGCUGAACGCUACCUUUGGAAAUGCCGUCGAGCUUAUUGUCAGUAUCAUCGCGCUACAAAAAGGCUACAUCCGGAUCGUCCAGGCUAGUAUGCUGGGAAGCAUCUUGUCCAAUAUUCUGUUGGUUUUGGGAUGCUGCUUCUUUGCCGGCGGUCUACGAUACAAGGAACAGACAUUCAACUCGACGGUUGCAUCGACCAUGUCCUCGCUCAUGACAGUCGCGACCAGCUCUCUGAUCAUUCCGGCAACACUCUACGCAGUCAUGGCUGAGAACAAGUCGCAGGAGGACAACAUCAUGAUCCUCUCACGUGGCACGUCCAUCAUCUUACUCUUGAUCUAUGUUGCCUACCUAUACUUCCAACUCAAGUCCCACGCCGACAUGUUUGACGAUGCAGAAGCUCAAGAGGGCGCCGACGAAGAGGUCCAACUUCUGGGUCCCUGGGCAGCUGCCGUGGUUUUGAUCGUUGUCACGCUGCUGGUUGCGAUCUGUGCCGAGUACCUUGUCGGAAGUAUCGAUGCCAUUGUCGAGAAGGCCAACAUCAGCAGAACUUUUAUCGGUUUGAUCUUAAUCCCGAUCGUGGGUAACGCAGCAGAACAUGUCACGGCGGUCAUCGUCGCCUGGAAAAACAAGAUGGAUCUGGCUAUUGGCGUGGCUAUUGGCUCAAGUCUGCAAAUUGCCAUCUUCGUCACUCCAUUCUUAGUCGUGCUGGGUUGGAUCAUGGGUCAGCCAAUGACCCUACACUUUGAGACCUUCGAGACUGUCUCUUUCUUCUUGGCCAGUCUUGUCGUGGUUCUUCUCAUUCAAGACGGCAAAUCCAACUAUUUGGAGGGACUCCUGUGUCUGGGCAUGUACAUUAUCAUCGCUCUUGCAUUCUAUGUUUUACCUGAUGAUGCAAGCAGCGGGUUGGGAAACCUCUUGCACGGCUGA